UCUCCGUUCUUUCACCCCCCCUCCUACCCCCUGCUCUAUUUAUAGCGGCUCUCAGCGCUCCCCGCCCCCCCGGGCUUGUUUUCCAACUACUCGCUCGGGAGCAGAGUAGGCAACCGCGGGACACCGAGAACUGUGAGACCCCUGGACUGAGAAGAGUGAGAACCGGUCACCCUUAACCCCACUGCAUCCAGCCAAUAAGAAUCCAGCCACCAUGGCGGAGUUACAGGAGGUGCACAUUACUGAGGAAAAGCCGCUGUUACCAGGACAGACUCCUGAAACUAAUAAGGAGGCUGAGUUAGCUGCCCGAAUUCUCUUGGACCAAGGACAGACUCAUUCUGUGGAGACCCCUUAUGGCUCCGUCACUUUCACUGUCUAUGGCACCCCCAAACCCAAGCGUCCAGCGAUCCUCACCUACCACGAUGUAGGACUCAAUUAUAAUACUUGCUUCAAGCCCCUGUUUGAUUUCGGAGACAUGCAGGAAAUUAUCAAGAACUUUGUUCGGGUUCAUGUGGAAGCCCCUGGCAUGGAAGAGGGAGCACCUGUGUUUCCUUUGGGGUACCAGUAUCCAUCUUUGGACCAGCUUGCAGAAAUGAUCCCUAUUAUCUUGCAAUACUUAAACUUCUCUACCAUAAUUGGAGUUGGAGUUGGAGCUGGAGCCUAUAUCCUGUCUCGAUUUGCUCUUACAAACCCAGACCUAGUAGAAGGCCUUGUUCUCAUCAACAUCGAUUGCAAUGCUAAGGGAUGGAUGGACUGGGCUGCCCACAAGCUGACUGGCCUCACCUCCUCUAUCCCUGAGAUGAUCCUUGAGCACCUCUUCAGUCAGGAAGAAUUGUCUGGUCACUCAGAGCUGGUGCACCGGUAUCGAGAUAUCAUUAUGCAUGCUCCCAACAUAGAUAACGUUGAGCUCUUCUGGAACAGCUACAACAACCGCCGAGACCUGCACUUUGAACGUAGGGGUGAUGCAACCCUCAAGUGCCCUGUGAUGCUUGUGGUGGGAGACCAGGCACCCUAUGAAGAUGCUGUGGUGGAAUGUAACUCGAAGCUGGACCCAACCAAGACCUCUUUCCUCAAGAUGGCAGAUUCUGGAGGUCAGCCCCAGCUGACCCAGCCAGGCAAGCUGACCGAAGCCUUCAAGUAUUUCGUUCAAGGCAUGGGCUACAUGGCAUCUUCCUGUAUGACCCGUUUAUCCCGAUCCCGAACUGCUUCCCUGACCAGUAGAGCUUCGAUUGAUAGCGGCCGUUCUCGAACCGUCUCUCAGAGCAGCGAGUCUGGGACUGUUCCUUCAGGGUCUCCAGGACAUACUAUGGAAGUCUCUAGUUGAGCAUCCCUCCCUCCCCUUUUGAAGAACCUGGCCCUCACCUCCCCCCAGUGCCCCAGCUCUAACCCAGGGGGGUAUAUAAGGGUGAUUGGCCAGAGAGAGAGAGAGAGAGAGAGAGAGAGAGAGAGAGAUGGGACAGAAUCUGCAGGGAGAUGACUUUGACCUUUUGAUUUCUACCCUAACCUUGACCUCUAACUUGUGCCCCCCCCCCUUCACCGCCCCCCCCCAACCCUGGGAGAGAGAUCCUAAUGUCUCUUAGGGACCCAGACCCGUGACUUUUCAUUCCUGGAUUGUCUCCUUAUUUUGGAGGAAGACUUGGAGGGGACACGCUAUUCCUUGAUCCAGGAACCUUCAGAUAAGGGAAGAGGGGUUGCUACAUCCCAGCUCAGAUUCUUUUUUUCUAUCCCAAGAUGCACUAUAAUAAGGGCAUCUGGGGGACCCACUGGGGAUGGAGUUGCUAAUGCUGAUUCUGAUUAAUCCUUACUCCCCUAAUGGGGAUGGGUGUGUGAGUGACAGUAUGAGUGUUUAGAAAGUUUAUUGGGUAUUCUGGGUCAGUCUAGGCCCUAUGAUUGUAAUGGAGAUGUCCAGAGGAUAGAAAAGAAAUAGAAGUGUGGGAGGUGGUGAGUGUGAGUGAAUGUGUAGGCUGGACCCGGGAGCAGGAGUAGGAAGGGAGUGGGAGCCGGGCUGCUUGGCUGCACUAACUCUAUAGUUGUCAAUUUUUAUGGAGUGAGGUGGGGGGCCAGAUCAUGGUUUGCUGCUUGAGAUUUGGCAUGAGAGGUGGGCAGGAUUGCCCAGGGAGCAGGGUAAGUGUCUUGGGGCCUCUGACCACAUUAUAGUAGAGGGGAAGUUACCCCCUUGUCCCCCACAACUCCCCUUAUAACAAUAAAUUGUGUAGACAAGACUGAG